GCGUUGUUUUGCGACGGCGUGCGGGGCGCUUGGCGACAGCGCCCGUGCGGUGGGCGGAGGGGGAGCGAUGGCGGCGGCCGGAGGGGUGCGGGUGCUGCCCGCCUCGCCCAACUGGUACAGCAGCCGCUGCAGCGACGCCAGCAGCGACGGCCGCCUCUUCGGCUUCGCGGCGAGGCACCGCGUCUGCCUGCUGGAGAUCGGCGGCGCCGCACCUGCGUUCUACGGAGAGCUGAUCGGGCACACGGAAAGGAUCUCCGGGUUCGCGUUUUGCCACUGCCCGGGGCAGAGUAGCCUCUGCGCCAGCAGCUCCGACGAUGGGAGCGUCAAAAUCUGGGAUACGGAGACACUGGCUCCCGUGGUGGAGCACAGUCGGCACCAGAAUGCGAUCUCAGCACUGCACUGGUCACCUCUUGUGAAAGAUCUGAUUGUGUCUGGUGAUGAAAAAGGAGUCAUUGUUUGUUACUGGUACAACAGAAGUGACAGCCAGCAGUUCUUCCCAGAGCCUCGGACAGUUUUCUGUCUCACUUGUUCUCCUCAUCAUGAAAACCUGGUGGCAAUUGGCUACAAGGAUGGCAUGGUGGUUAUAAUUGAUAUCAGCAGGAAAAGAGAAGUACUGCAUCGGCUGAGAGGCCAUGACGAUGAAGUACAUUGUCUGGCCUGGUGCCCUGUGUCUGGUGAAGAAAGGUUAUCUGCUUGGCAAGAUGAGUUCCCAGUUGUUCCUUCAGAGGAAGGCGAAGUUCCAAAUGGGGAGCUGACACCGGACACAACCACGAAGAAAGGUUGUUACCUGGCUUCAGGAAGCAAAGAUCAGACCAUACGAAUAUGGAGCUGCACUAGAGGCAGAAGUGUAAUGACUUUGAGGUUGCCACCCACAAAGAGAAGAGGUGGAGCUGUUGAUCCCACUGUUAAGGAGCGAAUUUGGCUGACUGUUCACUGGCCGCCUGGUCAUCCCACUGAAAUUGUAUCCAGCUGUUUUGGAGGAGAACUGCUGCUCUGGGAUUUGACCCAGUCUGGCAAACGCAAGUGGACUCUUCUAGGAUCUUCAGAAGGACAAAAUCAUUCCCGGAUUGUGUUCAAUCUGAGUUCUGUGAAGCAUCAAGACAAAGAACUGCUUUUUUCGAUUUCGAUGGACAGAGAUGUAAAGUGCUGGGACCUGUCAACUCUUGAUUGUAUCUGGACCAUGCCCUCCCUUGGGGGAUUUGUCUAUAGUCUUGCAUUCUCCCCUGUGGACACGGGCUGUCUUGCCAUUGGUGUUGGAGACAGCAUGAUCCGGGUGUGGAAUACUUUGUCCAUGAACAAUAUUUAUGAUGUUAAAACCUUCUGGCAAAGCAUAAAGUCCAAAGUUACAGCAUUAUCCUGGCAUCCAACUAAGGAAGGCUGCUUGGCUUUUGGAACAGAUGAUGGAAAAGUUGGCAUAUUUGACACCUUCUCCGGCAGUGCUAAGAAUAAGCCACCUCAGAUCUCCAGUACGUACCACAAGAAGACUGUGUACACGUUAGCCUGGGGGCCUCCAACUCCUCCUCUGUUUCCUGGAGGAGAAGGUGAACAGCCCUCUGUGACGUUAUAUAGUUGUGCUGGAGAAGGUAUUGUUUUUCAACACAACCCCUGGAAGCUUAAUGGAGAGGCAAAUGACAUCAACAAAGUCAUCCGAGACACUAAUUCAAUCAAACACAAACUGCCUGCACGUACAGAGAUCAGCUGGAAGCCAGAUGGCAAACUCUUGGCUCUUGGCAAUGAAGAUGGCUCAAUUGAAAUAUUCCAGGCACCAAACUUGAAGUUGCUCUGCACUAUUCAGCAGCAUCAUAAACUGAUUAACGCUAUUCGUUGGCAUCAUGAGCAUGGGAGCCAGCCAGAGCUGAGUUACCUGAUAGCUUCAGGCUCAAUCAAUGCCACUAUUUAUGUGCAUAAUCUGAAGAGCGUCAUAGAGAGCACUUCAGAAAGUCCUCUGACAAUAGCAGAGCCGUUUCGAACUCUGGCUGGGCACACAGCUAAAAUCACAAGUCUCUCUUGGAGCCCCCACCAUGAGGGAAGAUUGGUAUCUGCUUGCUAUGAUGGCACUGCUCAGGUAUGGGAUGUUAUGAAGGAAGAGCCGCUCUGCAACUACCGAGGGCACCAGGGCCGGCUGCUGAGUGUCCAGUGGUCACCAGUGGAUCCGGAUUCUGUUUAUACAGGAGCAGAUGAUUUUUCUGUUCAUAAAUGGCACAUCUCAAAGCAGGAGCAUACACGGCCUCCUCAAGGCAAAAAGAGUAUAGAAUUGGAGAAGAAAAGAAGUAUGCAACCAAAAGUCAAAGCCAAGAAGAAGAAAAAACCUAUAGGAAAGAGCCCAGGCAAGCAGGAUCCAAGUGAUGCCAUGAAUGGAGAUGAGAGCGCAAGGGAGAUGUUGCCAGAGGAAAGCGGAGUGUCGGACCAUGAAGAAGAAAAAGAAGCUCAGGAGGCAGAGUUGCCUGAUAAAGUCUCCACAACUGUGUCCAAGGAUACACCUUCCUUUGCAUAUGAUUAUUCAUCACUCAGCUUGCCAAAGACUUCUGUGGCCCAGAAAGCCAUUCCUGUGAAGAAGGAUCCACCUAAAGAGAAAGCAACUCCUGAUGCCUCUCUGAAGAAGAGGAAGCCUCGUUCUAUUCUACCCUUCAGCACAUUCCUGGACCACAGAUCAAAAGACGAAAUGCAUCAGGACUGCUUGAGGCUGGCUGCGUGUCUGAAAACCAAAGAUCAUAAUGAAGACGUGUCCCCUGACCUCAAGGAUCGUAUCCACUUGGGACUGUUCACAGACAGGGCCUCUCUGCACAAAAUGAUUGAUGUGGAAGGAAAACACCACUUGGAGAAUGGACAUCCAGAUCUCUUUCAGCAGCUCAUGUUGUGGAAGGGUGAUAUGAAGGGUGUCCUCCAGGCAGCUGCUGAGAGGGGAGAGCUGACAGACCAGCUGGUGGCCAUCUCACCCAUGGUUGGGUAUCAGGCCUGGGUUUGGACAGUAGAAGCCUUUGCAAAGCAGUUGUGUUUUCAGGAGCAGUACGUGAAGGCUGCGUCCCAUCUCCUCUCCAUCCAUAAAGUGUAUGAGGCCAUUGACCUCCUGAGAGUGAACCAGUUUUACAGGGAAGCAAUUGUAAUUGCUAAGGCCAGGUUGCGUCCAGAAGAUCCAAUUCUGAAGGAUCUCUACACAAGCUGGGCAGCGGUAUUAGAAAAGGAUGGUCAUUAUGCUAUGGCUGCCAAAUGUUAUUUGGGGGCUUCCUCACCCUAUGAUGCAGUUAAGGUGCUGGCAAAAAAGGGGGAUGUGACAUCCCUUAAAACUGCUGCUGAGCUUGCGCUGAUAUCUGGAGAGGAAGAGUUGUCAGCAACUUUGUCUUUCAGAUGUGCCCAGGACCUGCUGCUAUCCAGGAACUGGGUGGGAGCUCAGGAAGUCCUUCAGCAACAUAAAACACUAUUUGGACAGAGACUUGUUUUCUGCCUUAAUGAACUGCUUUGCAAGUGCCUUAGUGAAAGAAAUCCCUGCAACCGAAAGAGCCCUGUGCCUCCCUGCUACCACAGCUGGGAGCUCAACAGAGAGGCCUCAUUUUUGGACAUGGUGAUAGAAGUGUGGCAGAAUGUACUGGGCAUGGACACCACUGAACAAGCCACAUGUGCAUGGGAGCAGCUGCAUAGUGUUGAGCAUCCUCCUUCUACCAGCAACACACACCCAAAGCAGGUGCUUUUCCAUAUCUCCCAUGACCUGAGCCUUGCAGCCCUGAGCUAUCGGAGUGCUACUUGGCAUGAGGCAGUGAAGAGUAUUCUUGGAGCCGUGACCCGCAGUUAUGAUGCUGGUAAUUUCACUCUGAUGCAGGAGAUUUGCAGGAUCAUCCUUCCUGAAGGCUGUGAUAACUUGAGACACAAACUGGACAGCACACAUCCUCUGAGCAUGGAUGCUUGUAGAAGUUUAGAGGGCUUUGUGGCUUAUGGACUGCUGUAUGACCUGUGGUGGAACCCACCCAAAAACUCCCUUGCUUCACAAAAGGCUUUGGGUCCUGUGCUGUGUCCCAGUGAGCAAACAGGUCUUGAGAAGAGUUAUAUUUCAGGUCAGUCCUCCUCUGAAGAAACUCCUGAUCGAAGUGCAGUUGAGAUGGAUGAAACUUGCUGCCAUACAACUGUUCAGAGAAGUGAGGCAGAAAGUGACUCGAGAACUACCUCAGUUGAUUUAGUAGACAGACAGUCAGAACUGAAUGGCUGCAAAGUGCUUCUUGUAGAAGAGAUUGCUGCUUUACAGAACACCCAGAGAGAUAUAGCUGAGGUCCAGCAGAUUUUAGCAGGUAUGAUCCGUCAGCAUCAGCAGGAGAGGAAUAAUCUCCAGGAAAACACAACUGGAAGCACCCAGGAAAGUAACCCGGAGCAAAGUUCAGACAAACCACACUCUGACAGCAACCAGCUGAAUGGUAAGGAUGAAGUAAAGCAACCAAUUACGCUACCUGAGCUCACAAAGCAACUUCUGAAAGCAAAGGAGAAACUAGCAGAAUUUCCAGACAAUCUGAAGAUCUUCCCAUUCCCGGAUGUGCUGGAGUGCUGCCUUGUGUUCCUUCACACUGGGUCACAGUGUCCUCCUAAGCUGUUGGAACAGGCUCUGGAUCUCCUUCGGAAACACGGCAGUGCUGGUGCCUAUAGGAAGGGUGGCAGGAGGUUCUUGACGUGACAUCUUGAGACCACACUGUCUCCCUUGAGCUUCCUACACUACCACGGCUCUUCUUUCUUCAAGUGAAGGCUUGUUUUGAUGGCUGGGGUAAUUUUGGAUAAAACCACAAUAAAUCAGGAGUAUACAGACUCACUUGCAGUCAACUACUACUCCUUAAGGAGAUUGUGUUAGCAAAUUGCAAGGCAGUAGGUUGUGGGCUUGAACUGUAUACAGGAGUUUUGUAUAGUCUUUUUUUAUUUGAUGGAAGUUAUGCUAAUGAAAGCUCUUACUACUGACAUGCAAGAGAAGCAGUUUGGAGCAGCUAUAUUUGUUUUUCAGCAGAGAAGGAAUAGUAGCUACCCUGAAGAAAAACAAUGGUUUCUGUAAGCAAACUGCCCCUUACCCGAGUAUUGUUCUUAAAAGUAUUGUGAGUUUAUCUUCCCUCCUUUCAAUAAAGUCUUCUACCAGCA